CUAAGGUGGUUUUCAAGAUGUUUGACGAAGAGAGACGGCAGGGUUCAUAAUUCACACGGGACAGUGAAACUACGAAUUACAAAACAAGAGCCGAUGCUUCCCGUUAAACAUCCUUCCUUUCCCAUGCAUUUGUCGGUAACGAAUAAUACACCAUGUCCUGUGUCGUUGCCUGUUUAUAUCCGGCGACCGGUUUUUUUUUUUCAAAACGAUGUGCUGUCCAGCUUGGAACGAUAUCAUUGCAUCUUCUUCUGCCUAGGCCAGGAGAACUGCAUUGCGCCGCUCUUUGAAUUUGAGGUUCCACUUCUGAUUCAGCUUUCGUGCAUGGUUUGCGACGAUCUUGGGAACAUUGACGAAUUGCUCAAAUUUCCUAGAAGCGGCAGUUCCGUACAACAGCUUUAUAUCAUCCCAGUUAGCCGCGUUAUACAUCCUGAACCAUUUCUGAGACCAUGAAAGCUUAAUAAAUAUCUAUAUACAAACCAGCUCUUGAAAAGUGCAUGUAAAGU